UGAUUAUCUCAUAAACCCUACAACACUCUCACGCUCUUUAGGCACAGCGCCUCUUUGAUUUCCGUUUCAUCAAUAUUCAAUGGCGAUCACACCGUCGUUGGACGAGGAAACAACGAAGAAAGUGAUACGACAGGUGGAGUUCUACUUCAGUGAUAGCAACCUUCCUAAGGACAGUUUUUUGAAGAAAACUGUAAAUGAAAGUGAAGAUGGCAUGGUUAGUUUGGCUUUGAUUUGUUCUUUUAAUCGGAUGCGAAUGCAUCUUAAUCUGGGUGAUGUUAAGCCGGAUCAGGUGACCCAAGAUACUGUUAAAGCUGUUGCUCAAGCUUUGAGAAAUGCGGCUUCGCUCAGGAUCUCAGAAGAUGGGAACAAAGUUGGCAGGGCAACUGAACUUCCAAAACAAGAAGAGGAGCAGGUAGAGAUAAGAACAAUUGCGGCAUCACCAUUUGAAUAUGAUGUGAAGCUUAAAGAUGUGGAGACAUUCUUUGGUCAAUAUGCCGAGGUAAACAGUGUUCGGUUUCCCCGUCAUGUUGGAGACAAAAAGUUUUUCUGUGGCACUGCCCUUAUUGAGUUCUCAUCAGAUGAAGAAGUGGAGAAAAUUUUGAUGCAAAGACUGAUCUAUGCAGGGGCUGAGUUAGAAUUAAAGCCGAAGAAGGACUUCGAUGCAGUGAGAGAAAAAGAAUUACAAGACCUUGAAAAAUCUCGUUCACUUGUGGGUUCAAAUCAUCAGAAUAACUCAAGUACAGAGGCAAACUACCCUAAAGGCUUACUUAUAGCCUUCAAACUAAAGAGCAUUUCUGAUGAAGUUCCUUCAGAACAAAAUGACACUGAUCAACAAACCAAUGACAAUAAUGGUGUCUCCAAAACAGAUCAGCAAAAUCCCUCUGAAAUUGCUGCUGAGGAAUGGAACAAAGUUGGCAGGGUAACUGAACUUCCAAAGCAAGAAGAGGUAAUUGAGCAGGUAGAGAUAAGAACAAUUGCAGCAUCACCAUUUGAAUAUGAUGUGAAGCUUGAAGAUGUAGAGACAUUCUUUGGUCAAUAUGCCAAGGUUAACAGUGUUCGGUUGCCCCGUCAUGUUGGAGACGAAAAGCUUUUCUGUGGCACUGCCCUUAUUGAGUUCUCAUCAGAUGAAGAAGUGGAGAACAUUUUGAUGCAAAAACCGGUCUAUGCAGGGGCUGAGUUAGAAUUAAAGCCAAAGAAGGACUUCGAUGCAGAGAGAGAAAAAGAAUUAGAAGACCAUGAAAAAUCUUGUCUACUUGUGGGUUCAAAUCACCAGAAUAACUCAAGUACAGAGGCAAACUACCCUAAAGGCUUAGAUGGAGCCUUCAAACUAAAGAGCAUUUCUGAUGAAGUUCCUUCAGAACAAAAUGAAACUGAUCAACAAACCAAUGACAAUAAUGGUGCCUCCAAAACAGAUCAGCAAAAUCCCUCUGAAAUUGCUGCUGAGGAAUGUCAUGAAAAGAUAUCAGAAAAUGUUGACAACGAUAAAGAAAAUAAUGGGGUAAAUGAAGUAAAGGAGACUAAAGGUGAAGAAAAGAGUCAAGAAACUGAAGAAAAAUUUUCAGCUGCUGCUUACAAGGACAACAAGGAUGUUGUAUUACGUGAGGAUUUGAAAGAUGUCUUCGAGAAGUUUGGUACUGUGAAGUACAUUGAUUUCAAGGUUGGAGCAGAGUCAGGAUACAUUCGGUUUGAAGAACCUGAAUCUGCUCAGAAAGCUCGUGCUGCUGGAGUUCUUUCUGAAAAGGGGGGCUUAGUUGUGAAGAAUUAUGUUGCUACUCUAGAUCCAGUGACUGGUGAGGAUGAAAGAGAAUACUGGAGCCUGCUUCGUGGUAAUCGAGAAAAAAAGCACCGAGAAUUUAAGAGUAACCGUGGAAGGGGAGGAAGGCAUGGUAGAGCGGGGAAACAUACCCGCUAUAGAGAGAAUGAAUCUGCAUUUGGUCGCCCAAAUAAAGUUAGAAAGUUCUAAAACUGCAUAAAGGGUUUUAUAGAUAAAAGCCUUUUUGUGUUGCUGAGAGAUUAGGUGAAUGAGAGCCCCUACUGCAAAUUUUGAUUAGUUUGUAGCUGCUUUAAGGGGUUUACCUGAUGUUUUUCUCAGCUACUUUUGGAUUUUGUGAUUGUACACACUAAGUUAUUGCUCUGAUGCAAUUUGCCGUAUUACAAUUUAAUGCACGUCUUUGAAUUUUU